AUGCCACGCCCCAAGGUCCAUCCAGCGAAUCGGCUGCGAGCGAACACUGCAUGCACUGCCUGUCGUGCAUCCAAAAAGCGCUGCAGUGGUUAUUUCCCAUGCACCAACUGUAUCCAUAAAGGAUGUGGCCGCUCAUGCACCCCAUUCAAGUCCUUAUCACACGCAGGCCUCCGAAGCCCUCUCGUACCUGCUUCACGACCCACAGUUGAGGCGCCUCGGACACGGAGGGGGGUGUCAGUGGAGUCGCAAAGCCUCCUGACGUCACAGUCUCAUGACAUUGGUACGCCCCGUGUCGAGCCUGACACGCCCGAAGUGGGAUCGCACUCGCCUGAAGUUACGCAUCGGACACAUCCACGCAUGCUCCGCAACCUGCAAGGGGAACGAGUGUACGUCGGGAAGGCCGCCUCUCUAUCAUUCCUACAAUUGCUUCGGGAUACAGUGACCCAACAUAUUGGGCCCUCGCAGUUCUCUCAUAAUGGGGCAAGUGAGGAUAUGUUAGAGACAGAAGCUCAUCAUGAUCUGUUGAAUUUCUCUGGAGAAUGUUGCACUGUUGCUGAGAAGGAGCGAUUUAUCCAGAAUUACCACGCAGCGACGAGCGGAUUUUUCAAUUUGAGCUUUAGUGACGACGUUUCAUCCUCAUUCAUUGACCCAGCAGAGCCCAAAACCGAUCGGGAAAAGACUAGGGCAGCCAUCAUGGACCUUAUGGUUGCUAUCGGAGCACAGUCCUCUCCGAAUGACCGAGAAUUCCUUCAGGUGGAGCGGUUCUACUUUUCUCGCGGUCAACGUAGGACAUUUGCCAACAUGUUGGAAGAUCCUAGCGUGGAUUUAGUCCGAGUGUUUCUACUCAUGUCCUUCUAUAUGCUGGGCGCAUGCCGUCGUAACACUGCAUUCAUGUACCUGGGAGUGGCUUCAAGAGCAGCAGUGGCGCUUGGGUUUCAUGCGGAAUUUUCAGGUUCAAUAAGCCCCGAUGAGAGUGGUGAGAGAAAUGAACGAUCACGAUUGUGGAUGAGCUUAUGUAUUCUCGAUUUGCUUGUCAGUUCGAUCCUCGGGAGACCUUCUGCUAUAUCACCUCUAUUACCCGAGAAUCGACAGGGACCUAGUUGGGGGGCCGCACCGAGUGAUCCUGGCCUGGUGGCCUCAUAUCAGCUGUCGUUGAUCCUCGAUAAAAUCAUAAACUGCCUUUACAGUGAUAAGGCCGCAUCCGCACAACAGGCAGACCUGCUAUUAUGCAAAUUAAACGGCUGGGGUGAAUAUUUGCCGAGUUCAUUAAGGACGUCGUCUUUAGGACAUCAAGACCAGAGUACUUUCCAAGAGCAUACAAUUGGAAACAUGCACGUUGCAUGUUCAUAUCAUUUUGCUGUGAUCUUAGUCACCCGACCUUUCCUCGUCUCGGCUUUAAGUGUCCGGCUGGCCCGGUUACAUCAGAGUCUGUCGACCGGUGAUCCCAGUGAGGUGCCUGAGGAGGACCCAGCCCACUCUCGUCUCGCAGCGGCAUGUAUUGAUUCUGCUGUAUACAUGCUCCAAACAUGUCUAGAGGUUCAUAAGUCCGGCCUCCUCCUUCGGAAUAUGUGUAUUCUCAAAGCGUUUAUCUUUGCCGCAGCCCUUGUACUCGGGUUCUCUAUGUUCUCUCACCGUGACGUCGAUUCUGAGAUUGAUGAGGUAUUCUGCGGUGCCCUGACCAUCUUACGCAUGCUGGCGCCGCAGUCUGCCCAGGCAGCUCACUACCUAGAGAUAAUAACAAAACUCGAGGCCGCCAUAAGCAAACAGCGCCAGCAACUCGCUACCCAAGCCCGACAGCGACGGAGUCAAUACGUCAGUCGGAUAUUUAGCAUGAACGACAGCCCGGCAACACCGCGGACACCAAGUGAGGGGAACGAAGAAGAAGCAAAUACGACCCCGCAUCUAUCGCAGAGUGUCACAUCAAAUGGGUGGUUAGAUUCAAACGACAGCGCAGCUGCUGUGUCACCUCCCAUGAUUGAGGGGACUUUAUUCGACUGGGAGGGUAUGAAUUUACCAUUAUGGGAUAGUUUUCCAUUCCUCGCGGAAUCGACUACGAUCUAA